AUGGAUGUUCAUUUGACUAUCAACUUAUUAUACAUCCUAUUAGGUUUAUCUGCAGUUGCAUAUUUAGUAAUACACAAGUUCAGUAACUCAAGCGGUAGAACUCGAUUACCCCCAGGUAGUUUAGGAUGGCCAAUUGUAGGCGAGACUCUGGAAUUUCAACGUUUAGGUCAAUGUGGAAAGUCUGACGAAUUCCCGGUGCAAAGAAUGAAUAAAUACAAUCGGGAAAUCUUCAAAACACACUUAUUUGGGGAGAAAACAAUCACCUUGUGUGGAGCUACUGGUAAUAAGUUCUUAUUUACUGGCGAGAAAACUUAUGUACUUACAUGGUGGCCUAACUCUCUGAAGAAAUUGUUUGGUGAUUCAUUUUUCACCGCGCCUUAUGAAGAAGCAGUAAGAACACGUAAAGUUGUUUCCAGUUUCUUACAGCAAGAAGUAAUGAAUCAAUUGGUAGAACGAUUUGAUAGAACUUGCAAGAAUCGUCUUCAAAAAGAUUGGAGAGCAAGAAAUCAGGUAUUAGCAUUUCCACUGAUUAAAGCUUAUGCAUUUUCAGUUGCUUGUGCCAUGUUUGCAAGCAUGGAUGAUCCAAAUUGGCAAAAGAUGAUCUUAGACGAAUUCAAUAUUUUGCUCAAAGGUGUGUUUCAGUUCCCUAUAUAUUUCCCGGGUACAAGACACUAUAAGGCCGUAAAAGCAGCAGCUGUGAUCCGCCGAGAACUAAUAAAACUGAUUCAAAGUAGGAGAGGAUUGCAGGUGGAUUUGGAUAGGAGAGUAGAGAGAAAUCUGAUUUCUCAUCUGAUUGGGACCAAGAAUGAAGAUGGGGAGUUACUGAGUGAUAAAGAAAUAGCAGAUAAUGUUAUCCUACUCAUGAAUGCUGGCCAUGAUACAAGCAGUUCAACAAUGAUGAUGUUGAUGAAAUAUUUAGCUGAAUCGCCUGAUUGCUACAACAGAGUUUUAGAAGAGCAAAGAGAAAUUGCUGCAAGGAAGAGUCCAGGGGAGUUAUUGAACAAAGACGAUAUCUCAAAAAUGAAAUAUUCAUGGGGCGUCAUACAAGAAGUCCUCCGAAUGUCACCACCUGUUCAAGGAACUUUUAGGAAGGCCAAAGUUGACUUCACCUACAGCGGAUUUUCCAUCCCCAAGGGCUGGGCGGUAUGGUGGACAACAAGUACUACACACAAGUCUGAAGAGUAUUUUCCAAAUGCAGAAACAUUUGAUCCACUAAGGUUUGCAAGAGAUAAUAUAACUCCAUAUAGUUUUGUUCCAUUUGGAGGAGGUCCAAGAAUGUGCCCUGGAAGAGAAUUUGCAAAGGUUGAAAUUCUGGUUUUUCUACACAAUUUGGUGAGUAUGUUUAAGUGGGAACUCGUAUUCCCAGACGAAGUCAUUAGUGUCGACCCAAUGCCUACCUCUUCCAAGGGUCUCCCAGUUUACCUCUACUCACACCCUUAUUUAUGAUCGAUGCACCACUGGUUUAGUACUAUUUCUACUAAAACAUCGCACUUUAAGUUGUGUUUUUACUUUAC